AUGGGAUGGCUCAAGGCAUGUGACGUAGAUUCGUCGCUACACACAUGGUCUCACCGUUUUCCUAUUAAAUGUCUUACCUCAAAGCUUAAAUCUACAGAAAACCAGUUCAAUCACAUUUUGUCUUUGGCAAAACAGAAAAACAAAAUGGAAUCACAUAUCGUUUGUAGCGCACAAAAACCACACGUAGUUUGCGUGCCUUACCCAGCUCAGGGACACAUCAACCCGAUGCUGAAAGUGGCUAAACUCCUUCACGUCAAAGGCUUCCACGUAACCUUCGUCAACACCGUCUACAACCAUAACCGUCUACUCCGUUCCCGUGGACCCCACGCCCUCGACGGGCUUCCUUCCUUCCGGUUUGAAGCCAUUCCUGACGGUCUACCAGACACCGACGUGGAAACCACGCAGGACAUCCCCACCCUUUGUGAGUCCACUAUGAGGAACUGUCUAGGGUCGUUCAAGGAGCUUCUCCGGCGGCUUAACACCGGAGAUGACGUUCCUCCGGUGAGUUGUAUCUUAUCCGAUGGUUGUAUGAGCUUCAUUCUUGAUACUGCGGAGGAGCUUGGAGUCCCGAAGGUUCUUUUUUGGACCACUAGUGCUUGUGGCUUCAUGGCUUAUCUACACUUUUAUCUCUUCAUCGAAAAAGGUUUAUGUCCAUUAAAAGGUACGUGUUCUUAUUGA